CUUGAACAUUUUAAUUAUUAUUAUUAUUUUUUUAAAUAAAUAAAUAAAUAAAAGAAAACGAUGCUUAGAGUAAAUACAUUAAAAUGGAUAACUGUUCAACGUUGCUCAUUUCAUACAAGUCGAACAGCGUUGAUUGAAAAGGCAAUGUCACCUUCAUUUAAUGUCGAAGCAAAUGCGAAAAAACUCAAUAUAUCACCCGAUACAUUAAUCCAAGCUUUGACACAUAAAUCAUAUAAACACGGUAAUGUGCCAUUUAACGAACGUCUUCAAUAUCUCGGUCGUCGUUCUCUCGAAUUUUUUGCUACAGAGUCACUUAUGAAUAAAACCAAAAAUGUUGAUCAGUUGGAAAUGAGUGUUAAAGAAUUAUUUAAUAAAAAUAACCUAGUAUCCAAGUUUGAUGCCUUAGAUUUAGAAAAGGGCUUACAAUGUCAUUUGCCAUCUAAAGAAGCAGUGACACCCGCUGUUAAAUUAAAAGCAUUGGAGGCUGUCAUUGGAGCAAUUUAUCAUGAACAAGGACUCAAUGCUGCAAGAGAAUUUGUAAAAAAACACAUUUUGGCUUAAAUAAAAAAAAAGAGAGAGAGAGAGAGAAAUGUAUACUUUUAUUUAUAAAUUAAUGUAUGUCGUUUAUAUAUGUA